CACGCCCACUCGAGCCGCGCCUCCUCCCUCUGCUCGUCCGCCCCUUCUCCUCCUCCUCCUCCUCAUCUUCCUCCCCUUCCUCCUCCUCCUCCUCCUCCUCCUCCCCCGGCCCCGCCCCGCCGGGCCCCGGGACGCUGCCGAGGCCCCGGCACCGCGGGUGGGGUGAGGCCGGCAUGGCCGCCCUGGGGCGGGGGGGAUGAAGGACCCGGGGCGGGAUAAACCCAUCGCCGCCAUGGCCGGCGCUUCGGUGAAGGUGGCGGUGAGAGUCCGGCCGUUCAACGCUCGGGAAAGCAGCCGACAAGCCAAGUGCGUCAUCCAGAUGCAAGGAAACACCACCUGCAUCACCAACCCCAAACUCCCCAAAGAUGCCACCAAACGCUUCGCUUUCGACUACUCGUACUGGUCCCACACCUCGGAGGAGGACCCCCACUUCGCCUCGCAACGCCGCGUCUACCAGGACAUCGGGGAGGAGAUGCUGCUUCACGCUUUCGAGGGCUACAACGUCUGCGUCCUCGCCUACGGCCAAACCGGCGCCGGCAAAUCCUACACCAUGAUGGGGAGGCAGGAGGCCGGCCAGCAGGGAAUCAUCCCCCAGCUCUGCGAGGAUCUCUUCGCCCGCGUCGGCCGCGAGGGAUCCCCCGAUCUCACCUUCUCCGUGGAGGUGAGCUACAUGGAGAUCUACUGCGAGCGGGUGCGGGACCUGCUGAACCCCAAAAGCCGGGGGGGGCUGCGGGUGCGGGAGCACCCCCUGAUGGGCCCCUACGUCCAGGACCUCUCCCGCCUGGCCGUCACCUCCUUCGAGGACAUCGCCGACCUGAUGGACAGCGGCAACAAGGCCAGGACGGUGGCGGCCACCAACAUGAAUGAGACGAGCAGCCGCUCGCACGCCGUCUUCACCAUCGUCUUCACCCAGCGCCGCCACGACCGCCUCACCGACCUCCACACCGAGAAGGUCAGCCGGAUCAGCCUGGUGGACCUGGCCGGCAGCGAGCGCGCCGACGCCUCGGGGGCCAAGGGCACCCGCCUGAAGGAAGGUGCCAACAUCAACAAGUCUCUGACCACGCUGGGGAAAGUCAUCUCCACCCUGGCCGAGGCGAACAGCAAGAAGAAGAAGCCGGAUUUCAUCCCGUACCGGGACUCGGUGCUGACCUGGCUGCUGAAGGAGAGCCUGGGCGGGAACUCCCGCACGGCCAUGAUCGCGGCGCUGAGCCCGGCCGACAUCAACUACGAGGAGACGCUCAGCACCCUGCGCUACGCCGACCGCACCAAGCAGAUCCGGUGCCACGCGGUGAUCAACGAGGAUCCCAACGCCCGCCUGAUCCGGGAGCUGAGGCAGGAGGUGACGCGGCUGCGGGAGCUGCUCUGCGCCCAGGGGCUGGCCCACGCCCUCGCGCCCCCCCCCGCCGGCGUGAGCGUGGCCGCAGACCCCCCCCGCGCCCCCCCCCGCUGCGCCCCCUCUCAACGGGGGGCCGGAGCCGCUGCCCCCCCUCGGCCCGCGGAGGCCAUGGAGCGGCUGCAGGAGACAGAGAAAAUCAUCGCGGAGCUGAACGAGACGUGGGAGGAGAAGCUGCGCAGGACGGAGGCGCUGCGCCUGGAGCGGGAGGCGCUGCUGGCCGAGAUGGGGGUCGCUCUGCGGGAGGACGGCGGCACCGUCGGCGUCUUCUCCCCUAAAAAGACCCCCCACUUGGUGAACCUCAACGAGGACCCGCUGAUGUCCGAGUGCCUCCUCUACCACAUCAAAGACGGCGUGACCAGGGUGGGCCAAGUGGACGUGGACAUCAAGCUGUCGGGGCCGUUCAUCAGGGAGCAGCACUGCCUCUUCCGCAGCCGCCCCGACCCCUCGGGCGAAGUGGUGGUGACGCUUGAGCCGUGCGAGGGGGCCGAGACCUACGUCAAUGGGAAGCAGGUGACGGAGCCGGUGGUCCUCAAGUCGGGCCACCGCCUCGUUCUGGGGAAGAACCACGUGUUCCGCUUCACGCACCCGGAGCAGGCGCGGCGGCAGCGGGGCCGGGGGCCCCCCGCGCCCCCCCCCGAGCCCCCCCCCGACUGGAACCUGGCGCAGCGGGAGCUGCUGGAGCUGCAGGGCAUCGACAUGCGCCUCGAGAUGGAGCGCAGGCUGCAGGACCUGGAGAACCAGCACCGGCGGGAGAAGGACGAGGCGGAGCCGGAGCCGCAGCGGGUGGUGAGGGGCCGCGGCGCGGCUGUCCCCUGGGUGCUGGGGUGUCCCCGGGUGUCCCCUGGGUGCUGGGGUGUCCCCGGGUGUCCCCCGGGUGUCCCCAGGUGUCCCCUGGGUGCUGGGGUGUCCCCGGGUGUCCCCUGGGUGCUGCGGUGUCACUGGGUGUCCCCUGGCACCCCGCCGCCGCCCACCCCCUCAUCGCCCCCCUCGGGCCGCCGCCGGGCCCCGCCGCGCCGCCCCCCCGCGCCCCCCCCCCCGCCGCCGCCCCCCCGCCGCCGCGAGCCCCUGCGCGUCUACCAGAUCCCGCAGCGGCGGCGGGGGGCGGCGCGGGGCCCCCCCGAGGCGGAGGCGGCGGGGGCGGAGGUGGAGGGGCUGCGCGCCCACCUGGCCCGGCUGGCGGGGGUCCUGCGGGAGGUGAGGCGGCAGAGCAGCGCCAAGGAGGAGCAGCUCCGCGCCCUGCGCCGCCGCCUCGGCGAGAUGGAGCGCGUCGUCCCGCUGCCGCCGCAGGAGGAGGACGCCGAGGCCUCGCCCCCCCCUCCGGACUCUCCCCCGGCGGACGCAGGCGGGGGGUCCCCGCCUUCCUCCCCCUCCCCCCGCCCCUCCUCCUCCUCCUCGGCGGCCGCCCGCCUGUGCCGCCUCAUGGCGCAGGACCCGGCGUUCCGGCGGGGGCGGCUGCGAUGGCUGCGCCAGGAGCAGGCGCGGCACGGGGGGGGCGGGGGGCUGCACCCCCCCGCGCCCCCCCGCCGCCUCGCCCCUCCCCCCCAGGACUGUAAGCUGCGCUUCCCCUUUAAGAGCAACCCCCAACACCGCCUGGCGUGGGGGGCCGCCCCUCCCCCCCACGAGGACGACGCCCCCACCCCUCUUUCGGGGCGCCCCCGGCGGGGGUCUCUGGAUGGGGGGGCUCCCCCUCCCCCCUCCGGCGACACCCCCCCUCCCCCCCGCGUGCGCCGCCAGCGCUCCGCCCCCGACCUGAAGGGGCGUGGCCCCCCUGCCUAGGGGGUGCGGGGGGGGGAGGGGGGUGGGGGGAGCUGCUGGAGGAGCCCCCCUCCCCUCCCCCCAUGGACAAUCAGGGCUCAGCUGCCCCUCCCCCCCCCAGUGAGGGGGGCCCCUCCCCCCCCCCAGUGAGGGGGGCCCCUCCCCCCAAUGGAGGGGAGCCCCGAAUUAAAGAGGAACCCCCGAGCGAAGGGGGGGAGGUGCCGCCUCCGUCGCUGUUC